CGUGUCCUAAGCAGCUUUUCCAGUUCCUCUUGAAGUAAGUAUAAAGGUGUGUCUUUCUGUAGUGGAACCACAGCUUUAGCAGCAUACCUGGACCUUGUCACUGCAUUGUGUUGCUUAAGAGGUAUAAAAGAACAGUGUUCCAGAGGAGGGCAGGCCUGUGCAGGUUAACGCUGUGGAAAAACAACAGGAAGAAUGAAUCAGAUUUGACUUUAAACACGUGAGGUUCUUCAGGUUUGGACAAACUGGAAGUUGAUGAUUUUCCUCAGAGGAGGUUAUCAGAUUCACCAGGUCCAAGACGCAGUGUUGUCACCUAUAAUCCGUCUAAGAAAUGGAUUGCGAGUGUGCAAAGGACAUUGCAGCACAAGCUGGUCAGGGUUGGUCCAGCUUCCAGAUCGGGACCUUCACAGUGGUGGGAUAUCUCCUCUACAGAUUCUCUCAGACUCUUCCAUUUUUGAUUCGCUGGCCCAUUCGUCUCUUCUGCUCUUUAACUGGUCUGUCAGCUCUGUGGAGCUGGGUGAGCCGUCUGGUGAGGACGAUCAAAGGAAUACGAAACUUCUAUAGAUUGCUGAGUCGGCUGUGGCGCUUCGUCGUCAGAAUUUCCCAUAAGUAUACGUGGCUGGGUGCAGUUAUCAGAGCCAUCACAGGUUCGUCUGAAGAUGAUGCACUGAGGUCAGCAGAACCUGGGUUGAGGCUGAUCCUUCUUGGGCCCACAGGGAGUGGACAGACUUCUGUGGCACAUACCUUGUUGGGCAUCACUGACAGAAAAUCACCUUUGACUCCUGUGAUGGAAAGCACCAAGUUGAGUGCAGUGGUGAAUGGUAGAGAGGUCACACUGAUCCACACCCCAGAUCUUCUGGGCCCUUCACUGGGGGACCACAGGAGAGCCACGGAGGCCUUAAGAAGCCUUCUGUUAGUGAGUCCUGGACCACAUGCCAUACUGAUGACAGUAGAAGCUCCAGGCUCCAUCAGCAAGGAGAUCAACCAAGACCCCACCCGUGCCAUCCAAGGCACCAUAGAACUGUUUGGGGAUGAAGUGCAGAGUUACAUCAUCCCGGUACUAACCCACUCAGGUCGACAGCAAACUGUAGAUGAGCUCCUGGAUCAGGACAAAGGAGAUCUGAGGCGGGCUGUGACGCUGUGUGGCCAAAUGCCUGAGCUGGUGGACAUCAGAUCAGACUGCCCCCUAGAGGUACAGAAGAUGACAUGCAGGCAGCUGUUGGGGCGAGUGACGGAGAUAAAGAAGUUGAGGGGGCAUUUUGUCCAUGAAUUGCAGAGGAGGCAAGAGCACUUUAGGGAGGAUCUGCUGACUGACAUGUCUUCUUCACUGGCUAACAAACUGGGACACAUGUAAAUAAGAGCAGGGGAGUAAGACUUUACUGUUACUGCUGUGUCUGUGUGAAUAAGUGUGCAAUGUUGACCUAUACAUGAAAAUGUUUCUCACUUAACUUUCAAGUUUACAUAUGUUUCUACUGUCAAUAAAGUUCUGGGUCUGCUCCAGUUCUUAGCGCUUCUCUAACUUCAAUGUUGGAUGAAGGAAAGAAUAAAGAUGAUCAGCAGAAAAGGAACUGACAUCUUCCAGCUCAGGAUGAACCCUGUAUGUAAGCGUUCAGAUUUAGGUCAUCAUUACAAAAGACUGGAACAACUGAAUGUUCAGGCUUCCACAUGCUGCAGGUCAUCAGAUCUUAAAGGUGCUAAAUGAUAGAAAAAGAAAAAAGAUAUAGGUUCACGUUCAAUCUAAAGGUGGUUUAGAUACAGAGGUCAGAUGGUGAAAGAUGAUGAUGACAGUUGAUGGACAUCACAGAGGUCAUUUUAGUGAACAAUCACAUUUUCAGAUUAGUACAGAAUGAAAAAUUACGUCCAUCCCUGUCACAACGUUGGAUUUCCCCAUCUGCUUUGUGCACAAUAUCUUCAGUCCUCAUGCAGUAUUUGCCCUUUUGUUAAGGGCAAGUUUGUCCCUGCAGCUGCUGAAGUGACCCACAUUACAUCCAACAUGUGAGUCAAUUGUUUUUGCUCUUUUCACU